AGAGAAGGAGGCGGGGGCGGCGGCGGAGGAGGAGGGCGCUAUUGCUGCUGCUGCUGCCGCCGGGGAGGGACCCACCUCCGCGGCCGGACUCCGGUGUCCGCCCCGCCGCCGCCGCCGCCGGCACUUCCUCCUGACUUUCUCAAGUGGCUGGGCGCCACGCACCGCUCUCUGGCUGGCUGGCUCCCUCCCUCCGCCGGCCUGGCUCUGGGACUCCGGGGGGCGGGCGGGCGGGCGGGGGGCCUGAGCCUGCCUUCCUCCUCCUCCUCUUCCUCCCGGAGGGCUGCCCUUCUUCCCUGCUAGGCUCCAACCCAGGGCUUUCCCUUCCCUUCCUGCCCCGCUUCCUCCUCCUCCUCCUCCUCCUCCUCCUCCUCCCGCUCCCUCCGGCGGCCAGCAGGGUCUGAAUGCUUCCCCGCGGCGCCUGGGCUCCAGGAUGUUAGGGACGGUGAAGAUGGAAGGGCACGACACGAACGACUGGAGCCACUACUACGGAGAGAGCCAGGAGGCCUACGCGUCGGUGCCUGUGAGCAACAUGAACCCGGGCCUGGGCUCCAUGAACUCCAUGAACACCUACAUGAGCAUGAACGCCAUGACCACCAGCAGUGGCAACAUGACCUCGGGCUCCUUCAACAUGUCCUACGCCAACCCCAGUUUGGGGGCCGGCUUGAGUCCCGGAGGGGGAACGGGGGCCGCCGCCGCCAUGAACAGCAUGUCGGCCAUGGGCUCGGCCUUGAGCCCGGGGGGCAUGAACGCCAUGGGGGGCGCCCAGGCCUCCUUGAACGGCUUGGGGGCCUACGGGGCCAUGGGUCCCUGCAUGAGCCCCAUGGGGUACGCGCCCUCCAACCUGAGCCGGGGCUCCCGGGACGGGAAGAGCUUCAAGCGGAGCUACCCGCACGCCAAGCCGCCCUACUCCUACAUCUCCCUGAUCACCAUGGCCAUCCAGCAGGCGCCCAGCAAGAUGCUGACCCUGAGCGAGAUCUACCAGUGGAUCAUGGACCUCUUCCCUUACUACCGCCAGAACCAGCAGCGCUGGCAGAACUCCAUCCGACAUUCGCUCUCCUUCAACGACUGCUUCGUCAAAGUGGCCCGCUCCCCGGACAAGCCCGGCAAGGGAUCCUACUGGACCUUGCACCCGGACUCCGGCAACAUGUUCGAGAACGGAUGCUACCUCCGCCGACAGAAGCGCUUCAAGUGCGACAAGCAGCCAGGAGGAGGAGGAGGAGGGGGAAAUGGUGGAGGACCCAAAAGUGGCCAAGGCAGCGAGGGCAGGAAAGAGCCAGGGAACCCUUCCCCUUUGCACCGAGGAGGCCAAGGCAAAGGAGGACACAUGGAGGCCAACCCGGCUUCAAGCAGCCCCCAAGCCCUGGACCACUCUGAGAUGAAGCCUUCUUCUGUGGCUGCUGCUGUGGCUGCUGCUGCUGCUUCUUCCUCCUCCUCCUCUUCCUCGGUGCCCACUGGGCCCUCCUUGGCCUCCUUGGGCCACCCGGGCCACGGCCUGCUCCCCCACGAGUCCCAGCUCCACCUCAAAGGCGACCCGUCCCACUACUCCUUCAACCACCCCUUCUCCAUCAACAACCUCAUGUCCUCCUCGGAACAGCAGCAGCACAAGCUGGACUUCAAGGCUUACGAGCAGGCGCUGCAGUACUCCUCCUAUGGGCCCGGUUUGCCCGGCGGCUUGCCCCUCAGCAGCGCCUCCAUGGGCGGUCGGGGGGCCAUCGAGCCCUCGGCCCUGGAGCCCUCCUACUACCAAGGUGUGUAUGCCAGACCCGUCCUCAACACCUCCUAGCUGGCCGAGGGAGAAGGAGGAGGGCACCACCAGCUCAGUGGAUCUACCCCCCCAGCCACCCCCCGCCUGGCCUCUCUCUUCCCCCCCUCCAAAUAUAUAUAUAUAUUAAUUUUUCUCCCCAUAGAUCUCCCUACAGACUGACCGCCACCCCCCUUUGCACCGAAAACAUAAAAAGUCGGGGGGGGGGGACGGACAAGAAAGGACUGUUACUUGAUUCUGAUUGUCGGUGUUUUGUAAUCCCUGUAUCCCAACGCAUUGUUCUUUCUCAAGUUUGGCCUGAACAGUUCCUUCGGGUCCAGUCGCCACACUGCAGAAAGAAGCCAGUUUGAAAGCGCUUGCACUGCCCUACAGAAUCCUGGGAAGUGUUGUGCUGGUCUAUGAUAAAGAUACCAGAAUAAUACCUGGGGAUGGUCAUUGAUUGGGGCACUCUGACAGAGAAGGCGAAAUUGUCGCACAAAAGUACAGUUCUCAGAAUUCCCUAGCAUUGAGCCCAGGACAGUUAAGGCGGUGUCAAACUGGAUUAUUUCUGCAGUAUGUUUUGGACCUCAGUCCCCUCCAACCACACACACACACACACAGUAUGUAUGUGUAUGUAUGUUUAUAUACAUAUGCAUAAACCCAGAGAGCUAGUGUGGAUAGUGGGUUGAGUGUUGGGGUCUAGAGAGCACAGGAUUAGAUUCCCAGCUCAGCUAUGAAACUCAAUGAGGAGGGGGGGGGCUUUGGUUAAGUCACACUCUCUCAGCCUCAGAGGAAGAAGAAGGCCAGGGCAAACCUCCUCUGGGCAACUCCUGCCAAGGAAAGGAUAGGGUCGCCUUAGGGUCUCCAUAAGUCAGAAAUGGCUUGAAAUCCCGCACUAAACAAAAUAUAGAUCCCCUUCCGCCCUCACAUACUUGAGAGAGAAGGGAGAGAGAAAGAGGUUUUUGUUUUUUUCACAAGGUGCUUUAUUUAUUGGUGGCUUUCCUCCUCUUGUAAUCUGGUGAGAGUAGGAGGUGCGACCCAGGAGGUUUCUGGCUUUGCGGUGCUUUUGCC